AUGUUGAAUUCAAAUAAUUCUUCUACAACUUCUUUACAUCAACAAUUCGAAGAAUUGUCGUUAACAUCAACAACAACAACUAAAGAAUCCUCUUUAUCAUACUCAUAUUCACCACCAUCAUCACCAUCGUUUUUAGAAAAUUUCGGUUUGCCUCCAACUUUUCAGUUGGACAUUGAAGUUCCAGAUUUUGUUCUAAGACGUAGAAAUGCUAUUGUAGAAGCUCCUAGACAAGAGCUUGAAAAAGAAAGUCGUGAAAAAGGACUUGCCAAAAGGAUCGACGAGGAGGACAACAUUGAAUCGCCUGGGUUGAAAAUAUUAAAAAAAUGGGGAUAUAGAAAGGGGAUGGCAUUGGGCGAAAGUUCUAAAAAUGAGGGCAUAACGGAACCUUUGGGCAUUGAAUUAAAACAAGAUAGACUUGGUUUGGGAAUGUCUACAGAGCUUAAGCAAAAGGCCAAGGUGGAAUAUGAAAGAAAAUCAAAGAAAAUCAAAGUGGAUGAAGUCACGUUUCGUGAACGAAUUAGACAAGAACAUCUUGAUAAACGUAUACGAGCGCAAUUAAAAGCUUUACAAAAAAUAUGUGAAACUUUGGAUACAAGAAAG